GCCCCGAGCGGCCCCGGCCCCACUCGCGCCCGCCCGUGGGGUGGCCCCGCUGCAGCUGCGGGAAGCACCGCGAACACCCCCCACGCUGCGGCCGAGGGAACUCCGACAUGACGUCACGCGGCAUGACGUCACAUGGACAUUACGUCACGCCACAACAGCGCGCCAUCACCCCCGACAGCAUUCCUGUGCCCAAAAAGCGAGUGUUUGUAGUCAUGUCUGAGAAAGACGGCGGUGAAAAUCUGAAAGAAGAAACCUCUUACGAAGAUGGAAGUGAACAGAAAGCAGAGGAAGCUGGCUGCAUUGAGAGUAAUGAAGAGAGAGAGCAAGAGCUUGAGCCUGCGCCUAUGACUCGGAAAAGACCUGAGCCCAAACCCCCAAGCCAGUCUUCUGCCACAGAAAAACCACCAGCUGAAACCCUCAAGGUCUCAGAUGCUCCUGCUCCAGUUCAGACAGGCUGGGGCUACUGGGGAAGCUGGGGGAAAUCUCUUCUGUCAACUGCGUCUGCUACUGUAGCUACUGUAGGUCAAGGUAUUUCAAAUGUCAUAGAAAAAGCAGAAACAACCCUUGGGAUCCCCAGUCCUAGUGAAAUCUCUUCAGAGACUAGAGAUGCUACAAGAGGAAGCGAGAAUCCUGGUGCUGGGAACACAGAUCCAGUUGAUGAUGUCAGUUCCUUUCCCAUUGCUGGGGCUCUUGGAGUUCUGUCAACCAUCUCCACUGCUGUCCAAAGCACAGGAAAAAGUGUUAUUAGUGGAGGUCUGGAUGCCUUGGAAUUCAUUGGGAAAAAGACAAUGGAUGUAAUAGCUGAGGGAGACCCUGGAUUCAAAAAAACAAAGGGCCUUAUGAACAGGACCUCUACAUUAUCUCAGGUCUUACGAGAGGCAAAGGAGAAAGAAGAGCAGCAGACAGCUACUGAGGUUACCAUGGCUACAGAGAAGAAAGCCCAUUAUGGGUUACUGUUUGAUGAGUUUCAGGGUCUUUCGCAUCUGGAGGCCUUAGAGAUGCUUUCCAGAGAGAGUGAAUCAAAGGUGAAAUCGGUUCUAAAUGCCCUCCAUGGAGAAGAAUUGGACACACUGAAGGAGGAAAUGGAACAGCUCAAAGAAGCAUUUUCUUUACCUGAAUUCUUUGAAGAAGAAGAGGAAGAAAAGAUGGGAGAUGAGGAGUUCACAAAAGAAGUAACAGAGUUGUUUUCAGAAUUGCGCAUCUCCUCAAAGCCGGACAAACUCAUCAUGGUGAGGACAUCUGCUCAUGAAUGGAUAGCACAGUUCAACAGUAAUCUUCCAAAAGAAGAAAAAGAGAGUGAAGAAAACCAAGAAGUAAAAUCUGGAGAUGGUGACCAUGAUGCUAAAAAAUCAGUAGAGGAUAUUCAUGCGUUUGCCAUAAGAAGCCUGGCUGAACUGACAGCAUGUGCCAUUGAAAUGUUUCACAAAACCGCAGCUUUGUUUCUCCAUGGUCAGAAACAAGAGGUGACGGCCACAGACAGAGCCAAGUCCCUUUCACAAAUGACGAUUGUGCUGUGUAAAGAACUGUCAACUUUCUCUAAAGAGUUUACUACAUGCUUAACAACUGCAGGGGUCAAAGAGAAAGCAGAUGUGCUUAAUCCCUUAAUCACUGGAGUGUUUCUAGAGGCUUCAAACAGUGCUUCAUAUAUCCAAGAUGCCUUCCAGCUCUUGCUGCCUGUACUGCAGAUCUCUCUUGUUGAGGCUAGAAUGGAACUAUCACAGCAAUAAAAAUCCUUCUAAUUAAGAACUUUUUGACCUUCCCACGUUGUAGUUUCCAUGCUGGAGAAUGAUGUAAUGGCUGUUAUUAAAGAGAAAAAGAUUAACUCUGAUCACUGCUGCUGCUGCAAGAACGAUGAUUAAAUGCAGUCUGACAAUGACAGCUCUUACAGCACGUUGUGAGAUGUGAUUAGCAUAGUCCAGGCUGGUGGACAACGUGACAGACUUAAAGUGCAGAUUGCUUCUCUGUUUUCAUGGGCUGUCUGUGCCUUUUCCCUGAAAUCCCUCUGCUGUAUGUUAACAAGCUCUUUGGAGAAACUCUCUGGACUGUGAAGACAGUGCUGGAGAAGAGUAGCAGCUGGCUAGUUAAAGAGUUAGCUAAAAUCAUGGUGUGAUUCUUUUAAGUCAGUGAGACAUAAUUAGGUUCCUGAUAGCUCUUUGUUGGUGUUGAAGUGAAUAUUGGGUAGGAGGUGCAAGAAGAGGCAAAUAUUUAUGAUUAUGAACCUUGCAGUUCCUAGGCUGGAAAUAAUAGAGCAGAGGGGAUCCCUUAUUGAGCUGCUGCUGCUGCUGAAGAGAAGCCCCGGGUUCCUGAAGAUGCCUGCUAAUGACUCAGGGAUGUGGGAUGGCGAAUCUCACUGGGGUGCUGUUUCUCAUUCUCUUGCGAAGCGCUUGCUUCAGCACGAGCUGAGAAAAUGCUGAUCUGGCCUUAAGAAUGUGGGUACUUUCCUUUAUAGCAAUAAACAAGAACUGGCUAAAAGGGAUUGAUUCCUGUUUGGGCAACUGAAUGAGAGAAUUUAGUAGGAGGACUCCCCUUUUUCAGUGCAGCUUGACAUGUCAGCCACAGACUUUUCACAAACUCAGAUACUGCUUUUCUCCUGUUUCUGUAUAAAAACACUAUAAUGCAAUGCUCCUUCUUCUUGGAAGGUGUAUUAAAGUAGGGGGAGAGGAAGCAAUUUGGUUCUGUUAGCGGGAGUCCUAAUUUGUCUCGGAAGCUGCUCCACUUACAGUAUCUGUUUCUUUGUGCUGUGAAAGUUCUCUGCUUUGUUCCCUUUUGCAAUUUCUAUCUUUUGAGCCUGCCCGUUGGGAGGGAGCAGCCUCUGUUGGAAUCACAAGAGCCGAAAUGCACAGCUAAAAUGGAACUUCAGGAAGUCCAGAAUAGCUUAACCAGAGGUGACUGAGUGUCACACCUGCCUCUCUGCUUGCUCGUUGGUAACAAUGAUGCUCAAAUCCCAUUUUGAAUAUCCUCUGGGUUUUAGCAGGUCUUGCACUUUUCUGCUGUACUGAAGGCUUAACAUUGCUCUGUUGCUGCAGUAGAGAAGUGUCUUUAUUAUUAGAAUACCUUUUGGCUAAUGCUCUUCUAAUUUUAUAUAUAUGGAAAAAGCCUUGCCUUAGUCCUGGUUCGAUUUAUCAGAUCUCCAAAGAGUCUUUUUUUGCAUAUUAAAGAAAACUGGACUUGAGUAUGUCUGGGGUAAAAAGAAUCUGCACUACAAUAAACUAUAUUUUUCCUUCUUUACAGUGGUAGUAUUAUUAAAGAAAGGAUUUGUUUUGAUAACAAUUUCAGUUAAGAGCUAUCAAGAUAGCAAUGGGCACAAAUGAGAUGAGAAGAAAGAACUGUGAGUUUUUAAUUCUCAGCCGUGAUUGUGGUUGCAGCGCUGGGUGCUGCUCUGGGGCCGGGCCAGCUGGGGCUUUUCUCAUGGCAGGGACUGUCUCAUAGCAAAGGGCUCUGAACCCAGGCUGGGGAGCGGGAGCUCCCACAGCUGCGCUCCCCAUUCCUGCACUGGUGUAAAAUGGCAGCUCUGCGUCUGCUGCAAAGCCUAAAUUUACAGAAAUGUCAGAAAAGAAGAAACAAUGGGGUUUUAUGAAGCAGCAACUGCUUUUCUUACAAAUAAAUUCUGCUGACCUACAGUGCUUUGUUGUAGUUUAAUAAUUAAAGGAAAUGAGUUGGGUUUUUUUGUUUUUAAGAUGCAGACAGUGAUUCUUUCAGUCAUGCGCCCACCUGGAUUUGGUUAUAGCAGCCAGUAAUCAAAUGUGCACCAGCCUCAUUUGUGUGCCGGUGCAAGGACUGCGGUAGAUAGCCAGCAAAAACAAUUCCACAGUUGCGAAAUCUUCCUACCCAAAGGAUUCAUCAGAAUUCAGCAUCCGGCUGUCUGGAGAUCUUAUUGCUCUGCCUUGCCUUGCUCGUGAACCUAAUGAGAGCUGGCAGUAAUUUGAGCACUUCUGGUAGUGUUUGGGGAGGUGAGAGGUGGCUGAGAAUAGAUAAGAGUGAAGAUGCUGGCAGUGACUUGGAGCGGGAAAAUGCCUUCCACAAUUAUUUUCUUUCCUUGGGAGAAAUUCUGUUACUUGCAGCCGUAAAACCUCCUUCCUGGCAGGUGCUGUGAAAAGGUUUAAGAUAUAAAAAAGGCUCAGUCCUCCUCCUGGGUCACCCACAACACAAAUUAAAUGGCCUGACUCAGAGAACUGAUGGCAGGAGGAGGAGAGCUCCAGCGUUUCUUUCUCACGUGAGUGCACUGGAUUCUAAAGUAACAGCAGUGAAUGAUGUGAUUUAAGCAGAGGUGAUAUUCUGUAGCCAAAGGCUUGUUGGCACAGAAAUUGAGGAUGUAAGUGCCCAGUACUCUCCUAAUUACUGUUUUCUGGGGGUUUCACUAGUCCCUCACAGCUCUGCACCUUGGCAGCAGUGAGGAGGUGGCUGUGCGCUGGUGUUUUGGGUGCUGGCUGACAGGUGGCUUUCCCUCCUUCGAGGGCAGUUUUGUGCUGCUGCGGGGUGACAGCAGAGCCCGCUGGGUUUGUGGGCUGGCACCUAGAGGGGGAUGCAGCCGCCACUCUGCUGUCCUGCCGGGGGUGGCAGCCACCCCUCGCUCUAAGAUGCUGGUGGCUGCAGCCUGGCCCAAUGGCCAGGGCCAUCCCCGAGAGCCAGGUCCCAGUAGUGAUGCUUUGUGUCCCCGUGUCCAGGGAGCGAUGGCAGGGAUGUCCCCUGGGCUGCUCGAACUGGAGGAUGCUGCAGGCUUAGGUACCGUGUGUCAGAGCACUGAGAGCCUGGCAGGGAGUGAGCAACAAGGUCACCAGCUGGGGCUGGCAGGGAGCACAAUGAGGUCACCAGUUAAAAAUAAGGCUGAGUGUGGUGUUUGUGGGGGAGGAUCCUCCUAAAGCAGUGGCAGGAGCUGCUCAGAGGAGUAGGGGUGGAUGCCAGCUGGUCCCAAAACUGAACAGCCUCCCCAGAUCUCGUACUGUGCUCCCUGUGCACCUCUCCACCGAGCUCCUAGGUGGUACCCUGAGUUCCCCACUGUGUCACCCUAAGGACGGGCAGGAUCGUUGCCAUCAUUCACCCCCAAACUGAGCACUGGCUGCCGGGAGUUCCCUGAAUGAUUUGUGUGUGAGCUGAAGCAUCUCUGCUAGAAAGCACUGCUGCUGUCAAUUGUAGAAUUUGCAGCAGCAGGGACUCUGACAGUGGUUUGGCUGAACUGCUCCAGUUUUUAUCCACCCUUGCUGUUAAAACCCCUCCCUUAUUUCUGACCUUAGCCUGCCGAGGGGCCUCUUGCUCUGCGUUGGGGCUCGUGCAGGCUCCUGUGAAGGAGGCCUGGGGCAGCCAUGGCCAGGUUUUUGGGACAAGUGACUUCUGUACAGCUGCUUGCUCCCUGCACGAGUUACCCAGGGUUAGUCUUGCAUGGUGGGAGGGGGCUCCAUGCAUGCUGCAAUUAUGGUAAAUUAAAAUAAAAUUACUGUUGGAGCAAUUUUAUUGUGGAGUUGAAGGCUUUAAAUGAGGCAAAUCUCUUGGGAAGGGUAAUACCUUUAAUUAGGUGCAGAAAACAAAUUAGCUUUCAGGUACACAAGCCCUCCUUGACAUCAUUGUUACUGUUAUUAUCCCAUAUUGGUGCUAUUAGAAAUGAGGGCAUUGCAUUAGAGGGAAAGCACAUUAUGCAAGUGUUUAGACCUGCUGGUAACUGCUCUCUGCUGACAUGUAUUUGCUUAAUGAUAUGUUGGAGUGAAAGCCAGAAGCAAGGACAAGAAUCCGAGGGAGCUGGAGGUACUGAGCUCUGCCUGGUCUGGCCUUGCCUGGGCUUCCUGGAGCUGCGCAACACCUCCCACCAUGAGGAGAGCAAGGACCUGCUGGAGGUUCCUCUCGCCAUGGUUUUAAGGACACCCCCAAAUCUCUUCUUUUCUACCCAAACAGGGUCCUGACCACAGCACAUUCCCAGACUGAUUUCCCAGUGCCCUGGCUGGUCCCCCGUGGAUGUCUGCAGCCUCCAGAGCUGCCCUGGCUUCUUUACAAAAAAGUCAGGAGGUCUUUCUGCUCCUGCCCAUGCUGGAGGCAAUGCCUCUUGCAGGUUUAAAUGCAACUGGUCGUGUUCCCAGUGUCAUGUGCUCUCCCUGGGGGGUGGCAGAGCCAGUUUUUCUGCUCUGACAGUGGGACUGGGGAGGAGACCGCAACACUCAAAUACCCAGAUCCUCUGUUGCUGCCAACCAGGCAUCAAGGCUGCCACUCACCUUUUUCAGCUCCAGCAGAAGGGUGAAGGCAUCCCUGCACAUUUGCCCUAAGGUUUCUCUGUCUGCCUCCAUCUCUGCACAAGUUGCUCCUUUAGGUCUCCUCUGUGUUGUAGGUUUGAGAGUCUCGUGCCCCAGAGUCCUUUGGCUGUGGUGAAAUGUCGACAAUCCUGAAAUGGUUUGGACGGGAAGAUAAGGAGACAGAGGAGAAGGAGAAAGAAAAGGACAAAGAAGAAGAGAAGGAAGAAGAGAAGGAAAAGACUGAGGGAGAAAAAGAGAAGGACAAGAAGAAGAGGAAGAAGAAGGAAAAGAGAGUUGGGGAAGAGGACAAGAGGAGCAGCAGCAGCUCUGGCAGCGACUCGGAGGAGGAUCAUAGCAGUGAAAAGAGCAAUGAGAAGGAAGACAAAGAUUAGCCUUUCCAUGCUGGAGUGGCAGCGCUUGUCCUGGGCAUGCUGAGGAGGUGGGGAUGCAAACGGCAGCACACAUUGGAGGGGGCCUGGGCCACUUUUAGCUAAAUAAAGGUGUUUGCAGGCUCCAAAGAGAAA